AUGGGCCGAAAAAUAUUCGAAUAUUUCACCAACAAGGAAAUGCGUCAAUAUUUAAUGAGUACGCAUUUUUGGGGUCCAGUAGUUACAUGGGGAAUUCCAUUGGCCGCGAUUGCUGACACUCAAAAAGAUGCCAAAUUGAUUUCUGGCAAAAUGACUUUGGCUCUGAUUUUAUAUUCAUCGGCAUUUAUGCGUUUUGCUUUGCGAGUUAAACCGAGAAAUUUGCUCUUAUUUGCUUGUCAUUUUACUAACGUUAACGUACAAACGAUCCAAGGCAUACGUUUUCUUAGAUAUCACUAUUCUGAGCAAAAUUCUGCUUAA